AUGAGCUCAGGCAACAGCGAGCCGUUCUAUGUGCGAUACUACUCUGGCCACCAAGGUCGGUUCGGACAUGAGUUCUUGGAAUUCGAUUUCCGUGUACUAGGAGAUGGUCGCAGUGCAUCUGCACGAUACGCGAACAAUUCCAAUUACCGGAACGAUUCACUCAUCCGAAAAGAGAUGUGUGUGAGUGAUGCCAUGGUCGCCGAGAUCAAGCGAAUAGUCAAAGACAGCGAAAUUUUGAAGGAAGACGACACCAAGUGGCCACAAAAGAACAAAGAUGGUCGUCAAGAGCUGGAGAUUCGUAUUGGAAAUGAGCACAUUUCUUUCGAGACCGCCAAAAUCGGUUCACUCCAAGAUGUGCAAGACUCGUCCGACCCAGAUGGUCUGCGCGUGUUCUAUUAUCUCGUACAGGAUCUCAAAGCGUUGGUCUUCACACUGAUCUCGUUACAUUUCAAGGUAAUCGCUGUUUCCACGGUCAGGCUGCUAUUACUUACAAUAAAUCACAGAUCAAGCCUAUAUGAAGACCAGCUCGUCACAAGUCCAUGCUUGUCGAUUGCAGACCGAUAUUGUUGUAGCAUGGAAUCGUUCGUCUGUCAUGCGCUCAGAGCCGAGCUCAUGGGCGAAAUGGCUGGUGCGGUGCGUGUUCGAGAACAUGGUGCGAAGCUAGCACAGAGCAUAUGCCGUGCAACGCGAACGAGCAUCACUACAUACAAAUGA